AUGGGGUUAAAAUGUGUGAGGGCGUGGCUGUUGUUGAUUUCAAUGUUGAUUUCUUUACAAGGAUUGAGGAUGGAGGGGUGUUUGAAGCAAGAAAGAUCUGCUCUCUUGCAACUUAAACAUUUCUUCAAUGAUCCUAACCGUCUUCAAAAUUGGGUUGAGGGACAUGGAAAUUUAGACUGUUGUGACUGGGAAAGUGUUGGUUGCAAUUUCAGAACGGGCAGAGUGAUCUUUCUUGAUCUUGGCUCUACAAGAAAUCAGGAAUUAGGGGAGUGGUAUCUAAAUGUUUCUUUGCUUUCUUCCUUCCAAGAAUUGGAGAUACUUUACUUAAAUGGCAAUCUCAUAGCUGGUUGCAUUGAGAAUGAAGUUUCAGGGUUGAGUAACUUGGAGUAUCUGUGGUUAACCGGUAACAUGUUCAAUAAUAGCAUAUUAUCAUAUGUGUCUACUCUCUCAUCAUUAAAACAACUAAAUUUGACUAACAUCGGAUUGAAAGGCACUGUUGAUCUUCAAGAAUUGGACUCUUUGAGCAACUUAGAGGAGUUGACCAUGGGCGGAAAUGAGAUUAAAAAAAUUGUAAUUUCCAAAGGUGAAACGAGUUUGAGGAACUUGACUCGGCUUUAUCUACACAAUAUGAGUAUUAGUGAUGGAAGCAGUCUCUUACAGACAUUAGGCUCAUUCCCAUCCCUAAAGAAUGUUGAAUUCUACUACAACUUCUUUAGUGGAGCAGUUAAUACUUAUGAGUUGAAUAAUUUUACCAAUGUUAGAGAAUUUCAGUUAUAUGAUUCAACUCUCCAUAUAAGCUUUCUUCGAAGCAUUGGAGCAUUUAUGUUACUUGACAGUUUGUCUAUGGAUGAUUGUGAAGUCAGUGGCGUGUUAACUGAUCAAGAGUUACCUUCGUUCAAGAAUUUGAAAAAUUUAUAUAUCAGUGACACUGUUUUUCACAACAACUUUUUUCAAGUGAUUGGGGCUAUGACUUCCCUUGAGGAUAUUUACAUUACAAGUAGUGACAUUAGCGAGACUCUACUUGACCAAGGUACCUUCCCUUGGUGGUGUGUAGCAAACUUGAUUUUCCUUGAAGAAUUAGAUAUCUCCAUUAAUUCCUUUAGUGGGCACAUUCCAAUGGAAAUUGGAGCAUAUCUACCAGUGUUAAAUUCUUUCAACAUUUCUGGAAAUACUUUUGAAGGUUGUAUUCCAUCUUCAUUUGGUGACAUGAAGUCGUUGAAAUAUUUAGAUAUGUCUAAUAAUUUCUUGACUGGAGGAAUACUUGAGGAAUUGGCGGGUUGCAUCUCAUUAGAACACCUAGCAUUGUCAAAUAAUAGUUUGCAAGGUCAGAUAUUCUAG